AUGAAAUAUUUACUGUCAUUGAUCAGUUUGGUAUUUGUGCAAUUGUCAUUAGUAUUGGCAGCAUCCAACAGACGUUUUAUGUUAACUUACAAUUCCAAUGGUGCUUGUGUGGCUAUUAACAAUACAACUCCUGAAACUCAAUUGACAUUAGAUUUCAAUAAUGUUGGUCAAGAUACAAUUCCAUUAGUUGUUUUCCAAUAUUUAGAUUUUUUCAAGUUUAAAAACAUUCCUAAUUUCGAUGAUUUUGUCAAUUAUAUCUAUUUGGAGAAUAAAAAAUUUAUUAAAACCAAUCAGAAAUCAAAUCUGGUCGCUUUUGAUUUAAAACUUGUCAAUAAUAGAGUUAAAACCCCAGAAACUUUUCUUAAUAAAACAAUUACACAAGAUCAAGUGGUUAAAUAUAAUGUCCCCAAUCCAGGAGUUUAUUGUAUUUAUCUUCCAAUGUAUUCAUUCGACGAUAAACGGACUCAUUUCACAAGCUAUUAUACUUUUGUCACUGUGGAAAAUGAGGGGAUCAGUGAAAAUAUUUUAACUGAAUUGUCAACCCAAGUCAAUUUAAUCAUUAUGUUUGGAUCUGUAAUUCUUGUUUUGAUUUAUUUAUAUCCUAGUCUACGCACUGGUAAGCAUGGAUCGAAAUUAUCACCAGUUUUAACUCAAUUAUUCCAAUUUUUACUUGUUAAUCUCGUGUAUCGUAUUGGAUUCUUGAUCCUAUGGGCAAUUUAUUUUGUAUCUCCGACAGAUGUGGUGUAUAAUUUCGUUGUCAACUAUUAUAGUCAUUUACAACAAGUUUUUUUGGAUAAUUGGUUAGGUUACAUCACAUUGUCAGUCUAUUUUGGAUCAGCAUACCUGAAUUUACCAAUGGAUCCACCACAGUUUUUGGUGAAAUUAUUGAUUGGAGUAAAUAUUUUGGCCACUUUUAUUCCAUUUCAGAUCUUGUCCAAUACGUUAGCUGUAAAUGACAUUACAGUGAAUUCGGAAAGUUAUCAAAUCAUUGAUAAAUCAAUUUUAGUCAAUAAGGCGUAUAAAUCAACCAUCAGUAACUUCCACUUGGAUUGGGAAAAAAUUGUCGUCAUGGUGACAACAUCUACCCAAUUAAUUACUAGUGUAUUGGCGCAUUUGAUUAGUACUGGAUAUGGCUUCAGACUUUAUUGGAAAUUGAAGAAGAGUGACAACAAAAGAUUAGCCAGACCAUUAUUGCAGUCAAUAUUGUUGCAUUUAAUUUCCUGGCGAAUUUUUGGAAAGAGUACCAUUAUUGGAUUAUAUGGUAAUUUAAACUUGACAGGUGUAUUUGAUGUUGGAGAAAUGUUGAGUGUGAUAGGUAACUUGAUUGAAUUACAAAAUUUGAAACUUAUGGGUUUUCAAAUAGUUGAAGUUUUGUUGGUUUGGUUUAUUUGGAGCUCCAAGAAACCACUCGAUUGUAAAGAGAUUGAAGGUAAAAACAAUAAGAACUAUUGA